GUUCGAGAAGCAGUCCCUACACGUUUACUCCGCCAGUCUCUACCUUCAUUAUGCUUUCAUUCAAGUCUCUCGUUUUUGCCUUUGCGGCCCUUAGUGUUGCGGGCGUCGAAGGAAGUCCUUGCCGCACUUGCGUCCCGACAAAUAUCGUUCAAGACUCGGAUUUCGAAGGUGAUGCCUCGCCAUGGGCCUUGACUUCCGGCGUGGAAAUCAGAGCCGACACCUCUGAUGCGGCUUUGGCCCAUUCACCAGAUCACUACGUAUAUGUGAACAUUGCCAAUCGAGACGAUCGGACGAGAUACGAUAUCUCACAACAGCUUUCGGGGCUCAGCGUGAACCAAGAGUACUCACUCAAGUACUUUUGGGCGGUCAACUACGCCGGCGGCAUUUACGAUGGCGGUUGUGAGAUUGCAACCUACCUCGACGGCGUUCAAGUUGAUUCCACACGCUUCAAUGGGCGACCCGCCUUGAAUAUCUGGGCCGAGAAGGAGGUGCUCGUCACGCCGGCUUCAGCGAACCCAGUCCUGAAAUUGUCCAUGGGCUGUGGCGGAAACUACUUUUACGGUGCAGUACUCCUUUUGGAUGAUAUCUCCAUGGGCAAGACUUGCAGUACUGUACGUAGAAGCUGAUAGGAAUGAGUUUAAAUUGCCGGGGUCUAUUGAGGAGAGAAACGUAUUUUUCCUGUAUAUUCGAGUAAUUAUCUCCACAAUUAGAAAGUUGUAUAAUUUGUUACGGAAAAAAGAUCACAUUUAUCCUUCC